UGCAGACGAAUUUCUUCAAAAAAGCUUCGUAAUCGAUUUGACAGACAAGGUAGAAAAGAGCAUGAAGGAAAUAUUCACGCACAUUAAUGACAUGGACGAGAAAUGUUUUUCGUGUUUGUCUUCGGUGCUGUUGAAUCCUGGUUUGAGCUUUCAAUGUUCAGCAGCUUCUCGCAUACAUCAUUCUGAUCUUUUUCGCAAUGAUUUCAUGAUUCCACAAAAAAUCGCAGAGUCUUUUGUUGGGAUUUAUUUAGAGAAAGAAGAUAGCUGCUAUUAUGUUAAUGAUGAAAGUAUCCGAAAGGUUUUGUGUCAAGUUCAUUUAAAGCGAAAUCCAGAGGUAUUUCUUGAAAUGUGUCCUUUAAGAUACCUCAGUUACAUUAUGGACCAUGAUGAUGUUUGCAUAACAAAAGAUGCUUUUUAUGGAACAUUGCUCUUACGUUUUUUUAACGAAAUAAAAAUGCAUCCUUCACACUCCCUGUUUGAGGAAUUAGCGCGACUUUUGGAGAUGAAAAACGUUGAUGAACAUAUAUUUUCUUUCGACGCUGUGAAAGCAAAUAUUGCUCAAAUUCCGAACACAAUCAAGGCCCACUUGGCAAAUCAACUAGCAGUGAGUGGAAAGGAUGAGUUUACAUCCCUUAUACAAAUGUUGGUAAAGGACUUCAAUUUGACUGCAAAAAAUGUAUCUAAAAUGUCAUAUGAUGAUAUCUCAAUUUUGUCCGACGAAAAUAUAGCUCAUUCAAGAUCCACUUUUACUGCAAUAGCUUGCGAAUUCGAUCAGACAAGGUAUGAAUGGGGUCGAAAAACUGAAAAUAUUUACCCUUAUUGUCUUUCCAAUCAAGUGCUUGAAAGGUUGGUAAAAAGUGUUUAUAUGACUGAUACGUUGAUGGCAAAAAUUUUAAUUAGAGCAGUUGAGGAAAACUUUUGCUCCCAGUUUAGCGUCAGAUCUGUUUAUGUCUGGACAGGAUACAGGUUUCAAAAACAGAGAGUUACUUGCAAUGAGUAUGUCAUUAUUGUUUGUAAGGAAGGCUUUAAAUGUACGGCAAAAGAAGUGCUACCUUUAAAAUAUUGCGGACUUGAAGUCCUUGUAAAAGAAAUCUCUGAAGUUGAUGGUGAAUCACUUGCAAUUAUGGAAUAUGAAGCAAAGUUUAACCUCGACAGAAAUUUGGUGAUACACGAUUGGGUCAUAAAUAGCUUACUUCAAUCCCAUAGUAACAUAACUGGGAUUACAACAUCAUCUGUAUUAUCAAGGAAUUACAAACCUGGAAAACCACCCAAUAUCGAACCAGUUUCCUGUAUUGUAAUAUCAUGCCACACAAAAGGUAUAAUUCCAAUGGGCGAAAAACCAUUUCCUACGAAUUUAAAUGGUUAUCCUGUGGAUGUACGUGAAUCUGGUGCAGCUAUUUCUGCAACUCGCCAUCCUCAAAUAGGAGACAGUAUCAAAUCAAGCACUGCUGAAAUGGGUAAGGGUACCUUGGGAGGAUUUGUUUUUGUUGGCAACAAAAUAUAUUACUUAACCGCAGCACAUGUCUUGGUGUUAAAAAUCCAUCUUAAUGAAAACCUGUUUGAAAACGCGAAAACAUUAGAUGUAAAAAUUUUAAGAGAAAUAUCUGACGAAUGGAAUGAAUGUGGAAUACUUGACAGAGGGUAUUUUGGAGAGAUACGUUUGAAAAGAAAAUUUACGGUAGAUGCUGUUCUUGUCAACAUUAAUUCUGAGGAUCACAAGCCAAAACACCCAUUUGUUCCUCAAAAAAAUAUGAUAGAUGCAGGAUUUUUAGAAGGAAGUAAACCAAUUUUUAGUGGAAAAAUAAAAGACGUUUCAAACCUGGACGAACCAUUGAAUAUUGUUAAAUAUGGACAAACAACGUUGUGGACAAAGGGGAGAUUGACCCGUAUUAAUACUAUGAAAACGAUAAAAAUCAAUGAAAACGGUUCUUUUUUUAAACAAUAUUUCGGUCAAAUGGUUAUAAAAUCUGACCAUGGUAAAUUUGCUGAUCUUGGAGAUUCUGGAUCUCUCGUAUUCAUUGUAAGUGAUUACAACGAUCCAGAAUUAGAGUGCAUUGGACUCCUUAAUGCUGUAGACCAAGCAUCCGGGGAAGUUUACGUUACCCCAAUCAGAGCGGUUUUGGAGAGUUUGAGACUUGAUGAAAAUGCCUUCAAAAAAAUUGAUCCGCCGUUUACCUUGACGUACUUAAACAUGAUUAGAGAAAGAUUAGACUUGCACACUGAAAUUCUUUUGAACAUUGAAGAAAACAUAAGACAACAAGCAUCCUGAUCAUUCCCUGGUUUGUUUGUUUGUUUGUUUGUUUUUUUUUUUUUUUUUGCAUUCAGUUUGCUUAUGUGACUACAGUUUAUUCAAAGACAUAGUGCAAUUUUGCAUAAUUCUCCCGAAGUCAAAUUAGACAUUGUACAUGUAAUGGAAAGAAAAAUAACAGAAAAAUCACAUAGAUGAGUUUUUUUUCGUCUUUUGGUUAAAGAGUUCCAAUAUUUUAAGGAGCCUUAUGUGCAUGCGUUUAUUCUUUCGAAAAAGUCUGGAUAGAACCCAACUUCUAGAAAAUAUAAUUACUUAUUGCUGUACACUUUUUCCCUGAGUUAUAAAAGAGUAGUUGUAUUUUAUUAACUGAUAUAUUUUCAAGAUUCCUGGUAAAGUAUGCUCUUUUUUGUCUACGAA